AUGGAUUCGCUGUCACUCCGUGGAACACUUGAAGGCCACUCUGGCUGGGUUACUGCCAUUGCCACCACCUCCGAGGCCCCCGAUAUGGUCUUGUCUGCCUCCCGCGACAAGUCCAUCAUCGUCUGGCACCUUACCAGAGAUGAGACCAGCUACGGUAUUCCCCGUAAGUCUCUCACCGGCCACAACCACUUCGUUGAGGACGUUGUUAUCUCCUCUGAUGGCCAAUUCGCUUUGUCCGCCUCCUGGGACAAGACCCUUCGUCUUUGGGACUUGAACACCGGCACCACCACCCGCCGUUUCGUCGGUCACACCAACGAUGUUUUGUCCGUCUCUUUCUCCUCUGACAACCGUCAAAUUGUCUCUGGAUCCCGUGACAAGACCAUCAAGUUGUGGAACACCCUUGGUGAGUGCAAGUUCAACAUCCAAGAGGAUGGUCACACCGAGUGGGUCUCCUGCGUUCGCUUCUCCCCCAACCCUGCCAACCCCGUCAUCGUUUCCGGAGGUUGGGACAAGGUUGUCAAGGUUUGGGAGCUCACCAAGUGCAAGCUCAGAACCAACCACAUUGGUCACACUGGUUACAUCAACACCGUCACCGUCUCUCCCGAUGGUUCCCUCUGCGCUUCCGGUGGUAAGGACGGCAUUGUCAUGCUCUGGGAUCUUAACGACUCUAAGCACUUGUACUCUCUUGAGGCUGGUGACAUUGUCAACUCCCUUGUCUUCUCCCCCAACCGUUACUGGCUCUGCGCUGCCACUGCUUCUGGCAUCAAGAUCUGGGAUCUCGAGUCCAAGUCCAUUGUUGACGAACUCUCCCCCGAAUUCUUCGAGGGUGGUAAGAAGUCCUUGGACCCCCAGUGCAUUUCCCUUGCCUGGUCCGCUGAUGGCACUACUUUGUUCUCUGGUUACACUGAUAACAAGAUCCGUGUCUGGCAAGUCACUCGUUCCCUCUAA